ACUAAAAAACUCAAACAUUCUUUAAGAAAUCUUUCAUUGUAGAUUAUUGUUAAAAAUUCAAAACUUUUUCCAUACUACUUAGAAAACGAAAUGUCACAUACAUCUAGUAAGUAAAAUGUCAGAAGCCUUGUUCUUUGCGACUAUGUCUUGAUUUAUAUCUGACCUCUUUAGAACCAGCAACAAGCACGAAUAUGAACAAAUCUUCGGACUCAAGCAUCGUAUCCACCCAAGAUAAGGUAGUAAUGGUCUAUAUUCUUAUACAAUAUCCAUACAGUUAUUAUAAUAGGCAACAGUUGAAUUAUCGGCACAAAAAAUGAAGCGAAGUAGUUCUAGCGAUAUUCAAAUGGAAGUAAAAAAAACCAUGGUUAAUCAUGAGCAUUCAGACCAAAAGAAUCAAUUGAUUGCUGCUGCACCGCCUGCAAUUAAAUUUGUUAGCGCAGCUACGCUAGUCAGCUUGACACAAACGAGCAACAAUACGAUACCAGAAAUAUCUGACGAAGAAUUACUUGAAAUGGCUUUGAUGCUUGAAAAACAACAAAAACAACAACAAUAA